CCCGCCCUCUCUCCUGUAGGUUCGUGAAUAUGUGUGUUGUUUGACCAGCUGAAAAUGGCGGCUCGGAUCUUCGACUCCGUCUAACUUUAUGGCAUAAUAACAAACAUAAAGAUACAUCUGUGCUUCGACCUCGUAACAUGGGGACGAACUUAUUUGAGAAGCUUCCCACGCUCAUCUUGUGAAACGUCACUUGGGCUGCUGCGACUAAACGGCGUCCCUACGUAGAGAGACCAUGGAGGAUCCUCAUACGCGAUACAGCAAACGCCUGCGUACUGGUACGCGUCGGCGGUACCAGGAUGACGGAAUCUCUGAUGAUGAAAUCGAAGGGAGACGCAUGUUUGACCUAGAUGAGAAGUUGCAGUGCAGCAGGUUUGGAUCUCAAUUGGUUAAACACAUGGAAGGAAAAGAUUUCACAUUUGAAUACAUCCAACGAGGAGGGUUGAGGGAUCCCAUCAUCUUUGAGAAAGAUGAAGGCCUUGGGAUACAAAUGCCAGACUCUGAUUUCAGCGUGAGUGAUGUGAAGGUGUUUGUUGGCAGUCGCCGCAUCGUUGAUGUGAUGGAUGUGAACACCCAGAAGGGAAUCGAGAUGUCAAUGGCACAGUGGCGGCGCUACUAUGAGACGCCUCCUUCCGAAAGAGAGAAACUUUAUAAUGUUAUCAGUUUGGAGUUUAGCCACACCAGAUUGGAGAACCUGGUCCAACGACCGUCUUCAGUGGAUCUAAUUGACUGGGUGGACAACAUGUGGCCUCGCCACCUCAAGGAGAGGCAGAGGGACUCUACAAAUGCCAUCAUUGACAUGCAGUAUCCCAAAGUACAGAAGUACUGUCUGAUGAGUGUGCAGGGCUGCUUCACAGAUUUCCAUAUUGACUUUGGAGGCACUUCAGUCUGGUACCAUAUACUCCGAGGGGGAAAGGUGUUCUGGUUGAUUCCACCCACCCCUCAGAACCUGGAGAUGUAUGAGAACUGGGUUUUAUCUGGAAAACAGGGAGAUAUCUUCCUGGGCGACAAGUGUCACGACUGCCAGAGGAUAGAGCUCAAGCAGGGCAACACCUUCAUGAUUCCCUCAGGUUGGAUCCAUGCGGUGUACACACCUGAGGACACCCUGGUGUUUGGGGGGAAUUUCCUUCACAGCUUUAAUAUUCCCAUGCAGCUCAACAUCUACAGCAUUGAAGAUCGCACACGGGUCCCAGCCAAGUUUCGCUAUCCAUUUUACUAUGAGAUGUGCUGGUAUGUUCUGGAGAGAUACCUGUACUGCCUGACAAACGUCUCCCACCUUACCCCUGAGUUCCAAAAAUACUCCCUUGGAAUAGGCCUGACUCAGGCGGACCUUGGAACCGAUGACAAAAUGGGCAACGGUACCUCCAAUGUCGUCGACAGAGAUGUUGAAGUAAAGUCGAAGGAAUGUGAAGAUGAAGAUGUCCAAACAGAAGAGGACAACAAAGUUAUCAAACCACAGCACACAUUGACACCCUUUGAGCUUGAAGGGUUGUGGAAUCUUGUGGGGAAGUUGGAGGAAUUGCCUGCGAACAAAAAGUGUGUCCCUUCAGGGAUCGAGAAUGCUGCAGCUUUAUUAGAAGACAUGAGGGCUGUUUUGAAAGAGCAUGCUACGGAUAUCCCUAAGCUGUCCUAUACUGGAGAACCCAUUGUCAAGUGGCCCAAAAGACCAUCAUGGUACCGACCCCCAUCACCUCCACCAGCGCCACUUCACCGUCCCCGCUUGGCCCCUCCCCUACACAAACCACUGGGCCAGAGAUCCCACAAACGUUCACGGCUCUCUGCUUUGAGGCGUCGGCGAGUGCGGUGCAAGACUUGUGCUGGCUGCUGUAGGAAAGAGUGCGGUGACUGCCAGUUCUGUCUGGACAUGAGGAAGUUUGGCGGGCCUGGAAGAAUGAAGAAGGGCUGCAUCAUGAGACAGUGUCUCAUGCCUGCUUUGCCAAAUACCGCCCGAUGUGCCAUCUGUGAAGAAGGGGAAGCAGAAGAAUCUGAUCCAAGCACUCACACACUCAUGGAGUGCUCCGUUUGUUCACGAAUCACCCAUCGGCGUUGCAUGAAGGAUCCUGGCGAGGGGAAAAUUAAUACAGAUUUGCCGAGCCUUUGGGAAUGUCCCAGGUGUUAUCACAGCAAAGGUUCAGAGUCAGAGUCUUCCAGUGAAGGGGAAAGUGACGAGUCAGGGAGCUCAACGUCCUUCCCUCCGUCCAAAUUUGGCCAUCGGGAAGGUGUCGGCAUAGGUGAAGGUGUGAUGCGGGGCCGACGUGGCAGACCCACAUUAAGACCCACAGCUCGACCCACAGCCCCACCACCCUCUCAGAAAUUGCUACUGCAACAUCGGCAGAAUCGCAAAAGAGCGAGUCUACUGGAGCUUCGACUUAAGAAAAGGAUAAAACUAGAACGCAGCAGAAUUCUUGCACAACGGCAAGCAAUGGAGCGCGCCAGGUUACAGUCCCGCCUACGCUCUCCAGUGAGCACACUAUCUCAGGGAAGAGGUCGGGGCACCUCCUGGCCAAGUGGCACCCUUCAUGGCACCUCUUCUAGGGUCACUGGGUCACUCCAGCAACAGUCUUCUUCCAGUUUUACCUUUGAACCCAAGGGAGAGCCCCGCAGAGGGCAUGGGAGAGGGGUGAGGCUGCGUGGAGGAGGUGCGGGUAGAGGAAUUGCAGGUAGUAGGUACCAUCAGGGGUUAGAAGUCGAGUGUGAAGACGGUAGCAGUAGCAGCGCUCACAGCAGCUCUGAUGAUGAAGAAGUGGAGAGGGCACAAAAUGGCAGGCUGGUCGGCAAUAAAGAGAACCGGCCAGAGUCGAGACAAGGUGGACAAGCAGCCAAAGACGGAGGCGAGGAAGAGCGGCGAGACGACAACCAAAAUGGUGGAGAAGAUGGCGAUGAGAUGGAGCGGCGCACUGAUGGUUCAUUUGUUAAAGUGACACUCCAAAGGCCAACCAAUGACAAGCAGGAGCCUUCAGCAAUUGUUCCCAAACUAGAGGCAAUCACCCCUCAAUUUGCUGUAACGGCAAAACACAACCACAACAAAACCCUCAUCAGACCCCCUAUCAGAAAUCCAAAUAAACAUUCCAACAGUCAUGUGCCAGCAAAUCCCCGCAGUGGACCCACGUGCACAUCCCACCGCAUGGAGGGGCACAAUGUCGCCAAAAGAAAAAAGUCAAGCGGUGGGGCAAAGCUGAGCAAUGGUGCCUCCUCGUCUUGCUCCUCUGAGCUUCCACACCAUCGCGUCCCUUUGUCUGCCCUGCAGGAGGAAGGCAGUGAAGCUGAUAGGGAGGGCAGUGGGAGUGGGCCAGACUGCGAGAGGGAAGUGUGGGUGUCUGUCUUCCGAUACUUAAGUCGAGCAGAUCUCUGUGUAUGUAUGGUAGUCUGCAAGAACUGGUACAAAUGGUGCCUCGACAAGCGGCUUUGGGCGCAGAUCGACCUGAGCGUCAAACGCAUCGUAACGCCUCAAGCGCUAACUGGCAUCAUAAAGAGACAACCUGCUUCGCUUGAUCUUUCCUGGACCAACAUCUCCAAAAAACAACUCAGCUGGCUUGUUGGCCGCCUCCCAGGUCUGAAGGAUCUGAUGUUGGCUGGUUGUUCCUGGACUUCCAUUUCAGCACUCUGUUCCUCUGCUUGCCCUCUCCUCCGCACUCUGGAUGUACGAUAUGCAGACGGGGUCAAGGAUGCUCAGAUCAGGGACUUGGUCACUCCUCCAGGCUGUGACAACCGCAGUCAGUUGAGGAACAUGCAGUGCUUGCGACUUGGUGGCUUGGACAUUAGUGACUCUACCCUGCGCCUGGUGAUUCGCCACAUGCCCCACUUGACGAAACUGGACCUUUCUCACUGCAACAGCCUGACAGACCACUCCAUCAAUCUGCUGACUGCGGUGGGUUCGUCCACCCGGAACACACUAACGGAACUCAACCUAGGAGGGAGCAGUAAACUCACAGACACAUGUCUGAUGUAUCUCCGCCGCCUGUCCUGCAUAUCACUACUCGACCUGCGAGGCUGUAAAGGCGUCUCCCGCAAAGCGUGCGAGUCCUUUAUCUCAGAGCUAUCAGUCAACACGCUCUACUGCCUGUCGGACGAAAAACUGAUUCAGAGAAUAUCCUAAAGCCGGAUUCAAAAGUGAUGCGGCAAAGCGAGGACAUUCAUGUAGACCUGUACCGCAGUGACGCAGGAGUGAGGACCUCAUCAAGAGUGCUUGCCUCUGCUAUUUACAAUUUACCUAAAAAGAGACUCAGGAGUCCUUUUUUGUUGUUUUUGUCUUAACGUUUGAGCAGUGGGGAGAAAAUGGUCGUCAAUUCGCUGUUGUUAGACUACGUAAGCCCCAAUAAAUUUCAGCACCUUCAAGUUGAAUCAGUCACUUUUUGCUUCCAUUUUGGUGAUGCCUUUUUGCUUCACUCGCAGCAGCUGUGGGUUUAUAUUCUUUUAAACUAAAGUCAAAUUCUUACAUACAAUCUGAACCUCAAUGUCUCCAGUUGUAAAUUUGUUUACUUUGCAAGUAUGCACGAACAUAAGAACGAUGAGUCUCAUCAAUACGGCAACGAGAUCUUGCCCAUCGAGGAGGGCAGCAGUGUUCCCCAAGAGUAGAGUAACAAGCCAAGGAGUAGGUGUCAUCAAUGGUGCAUUUUAGACCACCAUUAGACAUCAGGUGCUAUUAUUUCCAAACUCUUCUUUGAAUUUGUACAGAGAAAUGUUAGGUAAACCCUUUCUCCCCAACUCUGAUAUAUUUUUCUGGGAUGACAUUUUUUCACCGAAUAUUAUGACGCACUUCAUUGUAGAAAUGUAUAAUUUGUUUAUUUGAGGGAAGGGGUAUAAAUGGGGAUAGGAUGUAUGUUUCUUUGCACCCAUGUUACUUUUCCCUGAUACAAACUCCUAGCAGAGACUGCUCUUGUGGCCUCAUGUCUACAAAUGAAUAUAGAUAUAUAUAUGUAUACAAUACUUUUGUGUAAAUGUUUUCCUCUUUUAGGUGUUCAAAACGGGGAUCCUUGUAGCAUUAUAAUUAUUUCAGUUUUUUUUACUUUGUAUUUUUCAACAAAAAUUAAAAAGAAAAACAA